UAUAUUAAUUUAUUGAAUUAUUUUUACAAAAUAUUAAUUAAUUUAAAAACUUAAGUGGGUGUUUUAUUGUUGUUUGUUAUUUUCUGAAUUUUUAUUACACACACAAUUAAGUGUAACACUACUUAUGCAUUUUUUUUUUAAUUAGUUCAGGCAACUUUUUAGGUAAACUUUGUACUUACAUAGAUUUUUGCAGGUAGAUUUCGAAUGGGCGGUGAAACUGAAUCGUUUCACUUUAAAUUUGAUUGGACUCUGGCCUAAAAGUGCACAAACUUUUCGACAGAAGUUAAUGUGCAAUUUUCGAGUGCUUGUUGUUUUUUUGAGUAUAACAUUUGGUCUGCUUAUUCCUUCUAUACAUUCUUUGACAAGAAUUUUUGGAGACAUUAUAUUAAUGUUAGAUAAUUUACAAUUUACUUUACCGGCCAUAAGUUGCUCGAUAAGAAUCGCAAUUUUCUGGUGGAAAAAAGAAGCUAUUGUACCGAUCAUGAACAUGAUUGUGGAGGAUUGGGUAAAGUUGAAAAAUGCACAAGACAGAAACGUAAUGAUCAGAAGGGCACAAUGUGCACGUAUAAUUAUUACAUUCGGAUAUUGCAUAAUGGGAGCAGGAUGUUUUUUCCUUAUUGUUCUGCCUAGCUUUGGAAUAUCAAUGAGAGACACGAAUAACAUUACUGAUCCAGGGAGACCAAUGCCUCUACAAACUCAUUUCAUUUACGAUGUAACAAAAAGUCCACAGUAUGAAUUGACAUUUAUUAGCCAAUCUAUUUAUAUUAUUGUUGCUAUGAUGUCCUAUAGUGGAAUUGAUAAUUUUCUUGGAUUAUUGGUUUUCCAUAUAUGUGGCCAGUUAGAUAUUUUGAAGAACCGUUUAACCAAUUUAGAUGAAUGUAUAAAUUCUUACGAGGCACUGAAGAGUUGUAUAACAAGACAUAUGCGCUUACUUAGAGCUAUUGACAUUAUUGAAGAUACGUAUAAUGUAAUACUUCUUUUCUUAUUCGUAUAUUUUGCGAUACUGUUUGCUUUCUACGGUUUCCGGAUAAUUACUUUAUUUGAUGAAGGAAAUAAUAUAUCAUUACCUCACUUGGUAUAUUUUGCAUCCACUGUACUUAAUAUAUUUGCACAUAUGUGCCUAUACUGUGCUCUUGGUGAGAUCUUGGUUGCCCAGUGUAAUAAGAUAUAUUAUGCGGCUUACCGUAAUAAAUGGUACACCAUGAAUCCAAAAGUAACUCAAAGCUUGUUGUUUUUAAUGAUAAGAGGUUCUAAACCAGUUUAUCUUACUGCUGGCAAAGUAUUUCCUGUAACGAUGGCAACAUUUUGCAGUUUACUAAAAACGUCAGUUGGAUACAUAUCCGUUUUGCAUACAGCGAGAAGUUAAUAUUAAUAUGAAAUAAAUUUGAAGUUUUUUGUUAUUAUGCAACUUUUUAUAGUAAAGAAAACAGUAAUUGCAAAUAAAUUAUAGAUUUUACUACGGAA